UUACGUUCUGGACUAUAUUUGGGUUUCAUUUAAGAAUUGCAAAUUAAAAUGAAUAUUUUGAAAAAAAAAAAUUUGAGUAUAAGCGGCCACAUAAUAUAUUUCUGCAUUCGAUUUAAAUCGAAUUCAGCUGAAAAUGAUUUAAAGAAAAUUCUUUCAUCACAAAUUAGUGAAAUCAAAAAAAAUGGAACAUAUAAAUCUGAAAGGAUCAUAACGUCAGCCCAAAAUACACAGAUUAGCGUCAGUGGUACUAAGAAUUCAGUAUUGAAUUUUUGUGCUAACAAUUAUUUAGGAUUAUCAAACAAUAAAGAUAUUAUAGAAUUCAGUAAAAAUGCUCUUAAUAAAUAUGGAUGUGGCUUAAGUUCAGUACGUUUUAUAUGUGGUACACAAGAUAUUCAUAAAGAAUUGGAAGAGAAAAUUUCAAAAUUUCAUCAACGUGAAGAUGCCAUUGUUUACGCUUCAUGUUUUGAUGCCAAUGCAGGUAUAUUUGAAUCUAUAUUAACACCAGACGACGUUGUGUUAUCAGAUGAAUUAAAUCAUGCUUCGAUAAUUGAUGGGAUACGUUUGUGUAAAGCAAAAAAAUUCCGUUAUAAACAUUGUGAUAUGGCAGUAUUAGAAGAUUUACUUAAAGAAAAUUCAAGUUCAAGAAUUAAGUUAAUUGCCACUGAUGGUGUAUUUUCAAUGGACGGUAAUAUUGCACCGUUAAACGAAAUUUGUGAUUUAGCUGAUAAAUAUAAUGCGUUAGUAUUCAUUGAUGAAUGUCAUUCAACAGGAUUUUUUGGUAAAACAGGACGCGGUACUGAAGAAUUUUUUGAUUUAAAACAACGAGUUCAUAUAAUCAAUUCAACACUAGGAAAAGCGCUCGGUGGCGCUGCUGGUGGUUAUACAACUGGUCCAAAAGAACUAAUUGACUUACUAAGACAAAAAUCAAGACCUUAUUUAUUUUCUAAUUCAUUACCACCACCAGUUGUAGCUACUGGUAUCAAAGUUAUGGAUAUGUUAAUGAAUUCCAAUGAAUUGCAAGAACAAAUAGCUGAAAAUGUUAAACAUUUUAGAGAAAAAAUGGCGAAGAUCGGAUUUGUUAUUGGUGGGCAAGACCAUCCAAUUUGCCCCGUUAUGUUAGGUGAUGCAAAACUAGCUGCCGAAAUGGCAGAGGAAAUGUUGAAAAGGGGAAUUUAUGUAGUCGGCUUUAGUUAUCCUGUAGUGCCAAAAGGAAAAGCUAGAAUUCGUGUACAAAUAUCAGCUGCACAUACAAUUGAAGAAAUUGAUAAAUGUAUUAAUGCAUUUACUGAAGUUGGAAAACAAUUAAAUGUCAUUUAAAAUUUCAAUUAUAUAAGUAUUAAUAAAUUUAAAAUAAACACAUU